AUGCGGAGAACAAAGAAUACAAGGGAGGAGCGGGGGGCCGCUUGGAGCGCAGGUGUUGCGGAGCAGCUGCGGCUGACAGUAGCCUGGUGCCUUCUAGCAGUGACCCACGCGCGCCCGGAACCUCCGAUCUUCACUGACGAUUACAACGACAACAACUUCCACGGGGGCAACACCGUCGUGCUCCUGGGAGGGAACGGCCACGGGGGAGGCGGCUACGAUGGCAACUUUGGGGGAAACUUCGGAGGCCACACCGGUGGAGGUGGUGGUGGGGGCUACGAGCAGUCACCAGUCAUCCAAAAACACAUCUAUGUACACAUCCCUCCGCCAGAGCGGGAGCAAUCCGCGCCGCAGAAAGUAAUUCCUCCGCCACCCCCGAAGAAGCAUUACAAAAUAGUGUUCAUCAAGGCACCUUCUGUCCCAGCGCAGCAGGCUCCGGUUAUUCCAGCUCCCCAGCAGGACCAGGAGAAAACUCUUAUUUACGUGUUGCAUAAACACCCUGCGGACUCUCCUGCGAUUGUCAUCCCUACUCCAGCACCCACUACUCCUUCCAAACCGGAGGUGUACUUCAUCAGGUACAAGACUCAGAAGGAGUUGUCCCCAAGCUCGACAGUUGGGCCUCACUACUCCAGCACGUUCGGACCUGUUAGCAGCACCCACGGUCAUCUUGGAUCCACAGCUGUCAGUAUAGUGCCUCGUCCCAGCCCGUCCUACAGCACCACGGCCUCCUACCACUGAUUUCAGACAUUGAUUUUUGAUUGAAGUAUAUCCCUUUCCACUGUCCAAGAUGUAGCCAGUUUUUAAUGAAAAUGAGAUUAGUUUAGUUGAGCUAAUGGAACAGUGUGCUAAUGCCAAAAGUCGAGUAUGCACACCAAACAACUUAGUAAAAGCUAUAGCAUAUAUUAUGCCACAUAAGCUAUCCC